ACAUUAGAGCAUCGCAGCCCGGGGUCUUGCAAAAUUGCCUCUCGUUUCGAUUGGUGUUAAGUUUAAGAAUGUAGAAUCGGUGGCUGGUUUGGGCUGGAAGGACUUGAAGCAUUCUCUCGUUCACCUCCUGCCGUGUGCAGGGACACCUCCCAUUGUCCAGGCUGCGUCCAAGCCGGCCUUAAAGCCAGCUUUAAAUAAUACAUUUCCAAAUUAUUUCUGCUGGUAGCUUUAAAAAGGAUUUAUUUUCCUAUACACCUAUUAUUAUGGUAUUUUAAAACCAUCCUAUUGGACUAUUGGUUAUUAUAAUUAGUAAUCUUUAAUAAAUAUGAGAAUUUCCCACCUUUUUCCUGCCCAAGCACGUCCACAUUGCACAAUCCCCUACCUGGGUGGAGAUGGAGCUAAAUCCCCGUGGAGCGUUCUGAGCCUUGUGUUGCAUCACGUUUAUUUCAAAAGUCACCGAUUUUAUCUUUUGGCACAAUCUCAGCUUGGAAGAAAAUGAGAGUAAUGCCCUGGAAGGAGCUGUGGAGGGGAAAAAGUGCCAGCACAAAGUCUGGAAGUGGAGGAGGAGCUGGAAGGGCAGGACCUGCACCGUGACUGAGCAGAAGUGCUCAGACCUUGCUGACUCAACUGCCUCACUUUGCUUCAAGCACUUGAAAUAGGAGAAGCAAGGAAGAUGCUCCAGGGCUCACGGGACAGAUUCUGAGCGGCACCAGCAGAUCCCGACCAUGAUCCCGGUCCCGAUCAGCGCCUUGUGCAUGAGGCCUUUGAAAUGGAUUUUCCUGUUGCUGCUGGUGUUUUCCCUGAUCACCAUGUGGUACAUAACCUUGUCCUCCAGGGCUGGCCUGGACACCAUGAACCCUCUGUACUUCUACGAGUACGAGCCCGUGUACCAGCAGCCGCGCCCGUUCACGCUGCGCGAGCGCCCCACGUGCGCCGACCUCCGCCCCUUCCUGGUCAUCCUGGUGGCUUCCAGCCCCGGGGACGUGAAAGCCAGGCAGGCCGUCAGGAUCACGUGGGGCUCCCAGAACUCCUGGUGGGGCCAGCACAUCCUGACACUGUUCCUGCUGGGGCAGGACACGCAGAGGGAGGACAGGGCGGCGGCGCUGGCGGUGGAGGACGAGAGCAUCCUCUACGGGGACAUCAUCCGCCAGGACUUCGCGGACACUUAUGACAACCUCACCCUGAAGACCAUCAUGGCCUUCCAGUGGUUCUCCGAGUUCUGUUCCAGCGCCAGGUUCCUCAUGAAGACCGACGCCGAUGUCUUCAUCAACGUGCCCAACCUGGUGAAGCUCCUGCUGCAGCUGAACUCCUCGGAGAACGUUUUCACCGGGUACCCCCUCAUCGACAACUUCGCCUACCGAGGCUUCGACAGGAAAAGGUUCAUCUCCUACCAGGAAUAUCCCUUCAAGCUCUAUCCUCCCUACUGCAGCGGCCUGGGAUACAUCCUGGAUGGAAAACUGGCCCUGAGGACAUACGAGCUGAUGGGCCACGUCAAACCUCUGAAAUUCGAGGAUGUUUAUGUGGGAAUUUGCUUAAAUAUACUCAAAGUCAACAUCACUCUUCCACAAGAUGCAGAACAAUUCUUUCUCUAUAAAAUCAACUUUGAUAUCUGUAAGUACAGGCAUUUGAUUGCGGUUCAUGGCCUUACAUCAAGUGAGCUGAUCCAGUUUUGGCAGGAUUUGUCUUCCAACACCUCACAAACUUGCCUUUGAUUGUGGAUUUCUUUAGAAACUUCAGUUUGCUCUAAGAGUGACUACAGAGUGCUCUGGAGAUGGCUCUGACUGCUGGGGCAGCGUUUCUCUAGGGCAUUCCAGUGCUUUUCAGCAAAACCAGGGAUUCACAAAGCCUUUUCCAGGUGUGUAUCCCACACCCAGAGGGUGCCUUGGAAUGCUCUGUCCCAUCUGCCUCUGCUGCCUUUCCAUGAGCUCCGAGCAGCCCUGGGAUUUCCCCCUGAAUCUUCUGGAAUUCCAUCAAGGGAAUGCCAUCAAGGGAAGAAGUUCCUGCCAAGAGAGCAGAUUGGAGGAUGCUUCCUGAAUUCCUGCCUGGAUUGGUUUUAUUGCUUUAUUGCCACUCUCCUUUAUUUGUUCUCUGCCCAGCACGGAAUUAAACCCAACCCACCCCAACCUGUUUUCUGUGUAAGGCUCCUGAGACUGUUACACCUUGUUAUUUAAAUGUGUCACCUCCACAGCGCUCCCAGGAGCGUUCCCAGCCUGGGGAUCCCGUGGGAUCUGCAGGAGCUGGUGAGAAAUGCUGGAAAUGUGAUGCACUUUGUGUGUGCACAUGAAAUGGAAUGACUUGGGUGUCUCUGCUGGUGUCCCCAGACCAGGGAGAUGGAGUGGAGCUCAUGAUCAAUUUGGACAUCCCAAAACCAGCAGGAUCAUCAAUCCCCCCACCCCUGUGUGUGUGUGGUGCAUCCCAGGAUUUUUGGAACCCUGUAGGGAAGAUGAAAAACCGCUUUUGUUGUGACUUAUGCCUAUUUCUAAAUGAGUUUUUUGGUUCUAGCUCGAAAAUGCAAAAAAAGAAGAAAUCCCCCCACUGCUACUUUAAAGAAGACCAGCUCCUCCCUGUGUGUGAAGACCAUUUUUUAAUCACUUUAUUCAUAUCAGCAAGGCCCAGUUUUCAGUAGUUUACACUUCUAAUGGACAACGAUACAGAAUUUGCAAUUGCAUGAACAGAAUUAACCUGGACACAUCCACUACACGGGGGAGGGACUGCGGAGACGUCCUGGCCACGCUCCAGGGCUUCCCCUCGGGCUGGCACCACCCCACAGCCCUGGCAGAGCUGGGGGCUGGCUGCCCACAGCCCUGGCAGAGCUCGGGGCUGCCCAGAGCUGCAGCAGCAGGCUCAGGGGUCACCAGAGCCCCCAGCAGUCGGGGGACACUGCUGGCUUUGGCUCUGCUCCACAGCCGCACCUGGCCCUGGGGUGGGAUUGCAGGAUGGGCUUGUGGUUUUACAGGGAUGAAAAAGUCUUGGGGACAACACUCUCCAGACAAGGAUUUCGGUGUUCUGAUGGUGAAAAGGUCAAAGCUUUUAAAAAAUAAAGGCUAUUUUCUUUUC